CUUCCUUUCUUCUCACUUCUCAUCUUUUCUUCCCUGCCAUGGAGUCUCCUUCACCUUCAGAUUCUCUACAGUUCAAUUUUGAAUCCCUCAAAGCCAUAAAAAUCCUAGGCAAAGGAGCAACGGGCACCGUCUUCCUCGUCCACGACACCGCCACCGAUCCCACCGCCCGUUCCCCGUUCGCUCUCAAAGUUGUUCAGAGGUCCAACAACGGCGGAGACCGUCGAGCUCGCUGGGAAAUUGGGGUUUUGAAAAUGCUUCACCACCCUUUUCUUCCUCGGCUUUUGGGUUGUGUAGAAACCGAUGAGUUUUUCGCUUGGGGUGUCCCUUAUUGCCCCGGCGCCGAUCUCAAUGUCCUCCGUAACCGUCAAAACGACGGCGUUUUCUCCGCCGGUGUUAUCCGGUUUUAUCUGGCGGAGAUCCUCUGUGCUCUAGAGUAUCUUCAUUCGCUGGGCGUCGUUUAUCGCGAUCUCAAACCGGAGAAUAUACUCGUUCAACGGUCGGGUCAUGUGACGUUAACGGAUUUUGACCUUUCACGUAGUUUAAAGAAGAAGCCGUUAUCGGAGAUUUUGAGUUACGGUGAAAAGGACUGCCGGAAACCGUCGCCGGAGAUUCCAGUUCGAUGUAAAUGUCGAGUGAAAUUUAAACGGUGGAUCGCCGGAAAGAAUAGAUAUAACAAAGCUUUGAAGAAACCGAAAUCAGCUCGUGUCAGCCCAGUGAGUCGUCGGAAAUCGAGUUUCUCAGACGGGGAACGUUCCAACUCUUUCGUCGGCACCGAGGAAUACGUCUCGCCGGAAGUUGUACGGGGCGACGGUCAUGAAUUCGCCGUCGACUGGUGGGCUCUCGGGAUCCUGAGCUACGAGAUGCUGUACGGUACGACGCCGUUUAAAGGGAAGAAUCGGAAAGAAACGUUUCGAAACGUAGUGGCCAAAGAGCCCGUGUUCAUGGGUCCACGAAACGCUUUGAUCGAUUUGAUCGGACGGUUAUUACAAAAGGAUCCGAAAAUGAGACUCGGGUAUCACGGCGGCGCGUGUGAGAUCAAGGACCAUCCGAUCUUCGAAGGAGUGAGAUGGGACCUCUUGACGGAGGUGUUACGGCCACCUUUUAUUCCGUCGAGAGACGACGGUGAGUUGACGGAGAAAGCGACGGCUGGACGAAUAGAUAUAAGGGAGUAUUUCAACAGCUUGAAGGCUCCGUCGGCUAUGCCAUCAUCACCGCUACGAUCACCGUCGUCGGAGCAUAGACAGAGCGUUUCUUUCACGGAGUUUUAACGCACGCGUGAGAGAGUUUGUAUGCACGUAUAUAAUAAGCUUGAGUUAGAUAUAAAUUC